UACGGUCUUAUUGCGACUGGGACUAAAAAAUACAAACAUUUUUGGCACUGAGGAAUUAAAACUGAUAAACUUGAAGUUCAGAGUAUUUGCAUUUGCAAUUGGCGACAAAACACUAAAAAGCUCUGACAAUGAACAUAAAUUUGCCAAAUUUCAACGUAAAGAACCUGGUGAAGGAGGCGGGCAGCACGAUAUCGCGAGUGGUGCAGCUCACGGAGGAGAAGCUGGGCACCACGGAGCGCACAGAAUACGACUUGCACUUCCAGAAUCUCGCCGAGCGGGCGGAUGUGACCAAGACCUGGACGGAGAAGCUGGUGCGUGACACCGAAUCGGUGCUGAUACCCAAUCCACAGAAUCGGGUCGAGGACUUUAUCUUUGAGAAGAUCGAGAAGUCAAAGCCGAAGCGCCUGAGCAACCUAGAGCAUUUGGCCCUGGAUAUGAUCGCGGCGGGUGGUGACUUCGGACAGGACUUGCCGUACGGCCAGGCGCUAAUCAAGGCCGGUCAGGCGGAGCAGAAGUUGGGCCAGUGCGAGCAUGACUUCAUCGCCACCUCGGGCAUCUGUUUUACACAGCCGCUGCGAAAGUUCCUGGACGGCGAGAUGAAAACGAUUGGCAAGGAGCGCGGCAUUCUCGAGUCCAAGCGCCUGGACCUUGAUGCCUGCAAGAACCGUGUGAAAAAGGCGCGCAGCAUGCUGGGCCAGCAGUCGAAAGAUGGCAUCUCGCCAGAGGCCGUCUUAGAACAGGCGGAGCGUGACUUACGGGUGGCCCAGGCCGAGUUUGACAGGCAGUCGGAGAUCACCAAACUGUUGCUGGACGGGAUUAGCACGUCGCAGGCAUCGCAUCUGCGCCAUCUGCAUGCCUUCAUCCAGACGCAGGUCCGCUACUACAAACAGUGCGGCGAUGUUAUGGAGCAGCUGCAGCGCGAGCUGGCCAACUUGGGAGGCCCCACACCAUACAUUCCGCUCGAUCUGAACGAUGCAAGUGCCAGCAGGUCCAGCACCUCGGGCGGCGGCGGCCCUACCGGCCGUGGGUCCGGCCACAAUAACUCCUCCAAUGCGGCCUCAUCAGGCCACAAGCCCAGCCAGCCCUUGCACGUGAGCACGGACCAGAUGCAGCGGGCUCGCGUCCUUUGCUCGUAUGAUGCCAAGGAUCACACGGAGCUCAAUUUGAGUGCGAAUGAGGUUAUUUUUGUAGCUGAAUGCUCGCCGGUUAACGAGGAUUAUAUGUAUGGAAAACAGGGCCUGAUGAAGGGCCUGGUGCCGCGGGCCUUCGUCGAAAUGCUGGACGAGGAGCACGAUGUCACCCUCUAAGUGCAAUAAUCAUAAAGCAAUCAAUCAGUAAUCUCAACCAAAAACCGCAUGAACAAGAGAAAUGCUCCAAAAGAAAUGCCACGGAAAUACUCAUACGUUAAGGAAGAGGAGGGACGGAAGAGAAGGGAAGGCAAUUGGACAAUUACAUGAUAGCAAGAGAGUACAAUAAUUUAUCAGAAUAUAUUAUAUACAAGGCAUAUACACACAUACGUGCAUACAUACAUGUUAUUAUAUAGAGAGCAUCGUAGUUUAGGCCCCGAACCUCAAUCCAGUUGCACAGAUCACAUAGCUAUAAUCGAAUAUACUGCAGUUGCCGCUGCCUCCAAGUAUAUACAUAUAUAAAUUUAAUGAUAUUCUAAAGGUUAAUCUUUUAUUGUUACUACGUCUCGCAUAUCCAGGGACUCCACACUCCAUACUCAACAAAGUAUUAUAUAUUUGUGUUACGUCUUUGUCUGUAUCUUGGUUAACAAAAUGACGACUUUAUCUGUGCUUUACUAUAUCCUAUAUCUCCCUAUAUUUAGAGAUUGUUAAUCCUCAGCUAUGGCAUUCCUGUUUAAGCUAAUUAGUAUCUAGUACACUUACUCAUUACUGCUGCUAUUUAUUAUGUAAAAAAUCACUUUAUGUGCAAUUUGGAAAGUCAAUUAAAAAAUUGUUGCUGUUUGUUAAGCGUAAGACAAAAAAUCCUGAAGAAAACACCAAGCCGAUUAGCCAAUUAGCGCUUAAUGUGACGCAAAUCAUUUGCAAAAAGCUAAGAAAAACGUACAAUACAGCAAUUAAAAAAGCAAACAACGAUGUUUUUAGGUUUUCAAAUAAGAGAAAUGUUGUAGAGGUGAAUUUUAACAAUACAUCAACUGAAAUAAAUAUAUGCAAAAAAUAUUAUAAAGGCUAA